UGCGAAUCGGGGACAACUGUGGAGAGAGAGAGCUGGAUCGUUCCAUCGCAUUGUGGCUGCUGCUCGACGCUCCUAAGACUCCACAAUUCGCUCAGUGUCGCCCACCAGCCGACAUGAUCACCCGCUUCCUCACAGACGUCCGCGUCAGGUUCAACCCCUUCUCCCCGCGCGCAAAGCCAGCGCGGAUCUUCCUCUCGCUCAUCCCUCCGAACGCGCGCGCCGAUGGCAUGAAGGUGGAGACGAAGAUGCUGCCCCGAACAAGCACAGAGCCGGCAACACUCGACGUCAAGUUCAAAGACGGAAAGGAACUCAAGCUUGAGCUCGAUAAGAUGCGGAUACCAGAGGUCAUGGAGGAGGUCGACCGACAUUCGCGGUUGCUAGCCCGCAAGGAGGAGUUGACGGGCAAUUAAGGUGAUGACGCUAGACGAGCGUCGGUGUACAGAUACUGUAUUUGGAUAUGCACUUGCAUUGCACGGAGUCAUGGCAUUCAGAGGACGAGUGACUGUUCAUUCGUGAAUGGAUCUAAAGACCCUUUGAGGUUUUAUGUAGGCAUCAAUCAACAUGUGCCAC